CUUUGGGUGAAACAGAGUGCAUCCCCAGUAGCACAGGACACGCAGGCAGACUGACCAUGCGACUGGACAGACUUCCUAUCCUACUGAGUGCUGUGUCCUGUGGGCUCCUAAUUCUUCUAGUUCCAGGCCAAGCCCAGGACUCUGCCAGCCUCAUCAGGGACACAAACACAGGGAAGGUUCGGGGCAGCCUUGUCCAAGUGAAUGGCACCGGCAUGGGGGUCUACACCUUCCUGGGAAUACCCUUUGCCAAGCCACCUGUAGGACUGCUGAGGUUUGCACCACCUGAGGCUCCUGAGCCCUGGAGUGAUGUGAGAGAUGGGACCUCUCACCCUGCCAGGUGUCUGCAAAAUGCUGAUACAAUGAAUGCACAAGUUCAGAUGCUACUAGAUGUCACUGUGCCUACCAUCCGAAUGUCUGAGGACUGCUUGUACCUGAACAUCUAUACUCCAGCCCAUGCUCAUGAGGACUCUAAACUGCCUGUGAUGGUAUGGAUCCAUGGUGGUGCACUAGUUGGAGGUAUGGCCUCCAUGUAUGAUGGAUCCAUUCUGGCAGUCUCUGAGAACGUAACGGUGGUCAUUAUCCAGUAUCGUGUGGGUGUCCUGGGCUUCUUCAGCACUGGAGACCAGCACGCCUCUGGCAACUGGGGUUACCUGGACCAAGUGGCUGCCCUACACUGGGUGCAACAGAAUAUUGCCCACUUUGGAGGCAACCCUGACCGUGUCACCAUUUUUGGCCAGUCUGCGGGUGGAACAAGUGUGUCCUCACUUGUCGUGUCCCCCAUGUCUCAAGGACUAUUCCAUGGUGCCAUCAUGGAGAGUGGGGUGGCUGUGCUACCUGGCCUCAUCUCCAGCUCCUCUGAGGCUGUCUGCACAGAAGUGGCCAAACUGUCUGGCUGUGGCCAGGUAGACUCAGAAGCCCUGGUGAGAUGCCUGCGAGGCAAGAGUGAAGAGGAAAUGCUGGCUAUUACCAAGACCUUCAAGAUCAUUGCUGGUGUAGUGGAUGGUUCUUUCCUGCCCAAGCACCCUAAGGAGCUGCUGGCCUCUCCUGAUUUUCAACCUGUUCCUAGCAUCAUUGGUGUCAACAAUGAUGAGUAUGGCUGGAUCCUUCCCAUGUACCUGGGCUUCCCUGGCAAUCUGAAUGACAUGGACAGAACGACCAUACAGGUUGAACUGCAGAUCAUGUCAGCACAGAUGAUGCUGCCUUCUAAGUUUGGUGAUCUGGUGAUGGAUGAAUACAUGGGAGACAAUGAAGACCCCCAGACCCUCAAAGUUCAGUUCUUGGAGAUGAUGGGAGACUACCUCUUUGUGAUCCCUGCACUUCAAGUAGCACAUAGUCAGCGUACCCAUGGCACUGUUUACUUCUAUGAGUUCCAGCAUCCUCCCUCCUACCUCAAAAACCUCAGGCCUCCCUAUGUGAAGGCUGACCAUGGCGAUGAGGUUCCCUUUGUCUUCAGAUUUUUCUUCCACGGCAUACAUCUUAACUUCACCGAGGAGGAGAAGCUGCUAAGCGUAAGGAUGAUGAAGUACUGGGCGAACUUUGCCAGAAAUGGGAACCCCAAUGGUGAGGACCUGCCCCUCUGGCCUGCAUUGGACCAUGAAGAGAAGUACCUGCAGCUGAACAUCCCGCCUUCUGAGGGCCGUGCCCUGAAGGCCGCUAGGCUGAAGUUCUGGACAGAGACCCUGCCUGGCCAGUUGGGGGCUGCCCAGGAGAACCAUGCAGGUCCUCAGUGGCCUUUGUGCUCCACUCUGCUAUUAUUUGCAUUGAGUCUGCACACACUGUGAGGGCCACCACUGCAUGAUCAUUGUGAAUCUGCAAAGAGGUUGAUCUGUAAGGUAUUUCUUCCUAGUGGGAUUGGGGUUUAGAAACUCCACACAUGUCUAGCAGAAGAAGUCCUGUCCCCUGUCUCCCUGAGAGUCUUUCUAUCCAAGGAGGUGUCCUCCUGCAUAUAAGAAUUCUCUUUGCAUUUUCCUCACUCCCUGAUGCUCACUCAUCCUUCUUUGUCAUCAUGUGACUAAUUUUCUUUCUCAUCUCAUUGUUUUCCCUAAGGUUUUUUUGGCUCCUCCAAUAAAAACCUGCCAUGUAUUAUUUUUUCUCAUACAAAGAUGCCAAACUGUGGUCAAUCUACCUCUUUGUUCCCCCAAAGUGCUUUGUGUCAUUAAAAGGCUUUAUCCUUUAUCCCAACCCUGGGACCCCCAUCCUCCUAAUUCCCCUACUUCUGACUCACUUGUCCUCUGAGGGUACCGGUUUUCCCUGAAAGUCCACCACCCCACCAUUAUAUCUGAAGAAAGUCCACCACCCCACCAUUAUAUUUAAACUUAAAUACAGAAUAUCCUGAAUUUUGGUUUAAAGAUGAAGAUCCCCACAUUACCCAGGCUGGACUCUAGGUGGCAGGGAAGGAUAACGUUAACCCUGGGUUGAGGACUUUGGAAGGUAAGAGACCUUUUCAGUGCACCCCACGAGCGUAUAUUUCCACUGAAUCCUGAAAGCUUUACUGAGCUCCCGAAGCCAACAUGCCUUUGUAUAGUUUUCAGUUCUAAAGAUUCAUAGGACACUCCUCCACAGUGGGUUGCCUAGGUAUUUCUUAGAUUUUAGAGCAUUGGAGAGUGUUUUGGGUGUUGAAGGGGGGGGUGCUCUUAAUUUUUAAGAGCUUUCCUGUGAAACAUAUAUAAUUAUGUUUAUCCAUUUGGGCCAUAUAGUUUGGUAAAUGUGAGUAAAUAUGUGAGAAAUCCAACCACCAGCACAUCACAGUCAAAAUGUUUUUUCAAUGCCAAAACUCUCCUCACACCCCUAUACAGUCAUCGCUGCCCUCCAUCCUGCUUCCUGGAAACUGCCUAACUGCUUUCUGUUGCCAUACUUUUCUUUUUCUGAAAUAUCUUGCAAAAAGAGUCAUUUUUUACUGGCUCUGUCACUUACCAUAAUGUAUUUAUGAUUCAAGCUUUACUUCUCUGGGGGGCAGCGUUCCACGUAGGGAGACACCACACAUGUCCACUUUCCAGCUUACACACACCUGAGUGACUUCCAUGUUUGGUUAUUUUUAUUUUUAUUUUUAUUUUUUUUUUGGA